AUGGCACCCGAAACCUCACCAGUCGAACCGCAAAGCUUCGAUCGCCCACGACGGAGCAGUACCUUGAACAGCGUCGCCAACAGCGUGCAGUCGAUUACUGGGGGCGUACAGCAUGUUGCGACCGACAUCCUCCGAUCCGAUCCUCCGCCAGGCUUCUUUGCGGCGACUGCUGGUGUCGCAUCACGAGCGCCCACGUUUGGGGAGAUCAGGAGAGGCAGCUUUGAUGCAAACGGGUGGCAGUCCAGCGGCGACUCGGGACGCAGAAAACGAACGACUAGCAGAACAAACGCAGAUCGAAGGUCUGGCGGGAAGUCUGGCACAAAUCAAUUUCUGGAUGCUGAAGGCACAGAAGCAUUUCCGGCGUUGACAGAAGAACCCAGCCAGAUCGAUUAUGGCUAUACGAAGAAUAAAUCUUUUGCUGGGCCGAAUACUAAGCAUGCAAACGGUUCCGUUCCAAGCAAGCCUGCAGCUACGAGGCUUGACGCACCAGCAGACGUAGAGAUACCAAAGAAGUCCUGGGCAGCAUCUACGGCCACCGGACUUCUCGCUUUCUGGAAAUGGUUCUGCACACCCUUCGGCUUCCUCCUAACGAUAUACGGUCUGAAUGUGGUAGCCUGGGGCGGCAUGCUCUUCUUACUCCUCUGCAAUGCUAGCAAACCAAUGUGCUGGGCCCCGAUCCCAAAUGCCAACACUCAAGGGCAGCGAAGUCCUGCUGCAGCUCUAGCGCUCAACAGCAAGUACCCACGCUACUACAACUGCAACGACAUAAAUAGUCCACGACGUGUCUGGCUGGAAAUUGAUAGCCAGAUUCUGAAUGCACUGUUCUGCGUUACUGGCUUUGGACUGAUCCCAUGGCGAUUCCGAGAUUUGUGGUAUCUCCUCCGCUGGCGCUUCACAAGCGAGAAGAGGCACGGGCGAGCUCAGAAAUUGUAUGGUCUUAGAACGCUGGCCGGUAUCUACAACGGCUGGUUUCGACUACCUGGAUCAGAGACUCUCGACGACACAGCUUUCAUGCCUGGGCACUCGGAAGAUCGUCUCAUUGGCACAGCAGGUGCCCACGACGAUCUAGAAGCUGGCAACAAGCACUCAGGCGAUCUUCGUGUACCUUCCCCACCGACCAAAGCACCUCCACCGCCAAUCUCAGGCGCCCGAGCACCACCUACAGCACUAUGGAAGGUCGACUUCUUCGUGUGGUCGCAGGUCGUCAACACCUUUAUGCAAGCCUGUUUAUGCGGCUUCAUGUGGGGCAUGAAUCGCUACGACCGGCCGAGCUGGGCGACUGGACUUUUCAUCGGACUAGCAUUUGUCAUUGCUGGCUUGGGAGGGUUUGUUAGCUAUCUCGAAGGUCGGAAGAUAAAGCGCAUAGAGGGGGUGACACCGAAGCAAGCACAUGCUCUGGACAGUGAGCAGAUUCAUGAACCUGGGAAUGGGACCAAGGACUCUGAUUUACGUUUGCGAAUGAUGGAUAGCGAAGCUACGGGGCGGGAGAGCGUGCAUGUAGAUGAGACGAAGGGCAAGCCUGAGCACAGCGUGACCCUUCUGGCGUAG